UUUGAUUUUUAGCUACAUGGAUGCUAAGGAAGUAGCAUGUUUUCACAGAACAUGGGCCAAACGUAAAGCUAGUGGCCAGAGCUUUAACCGAACUCACUGUUUACAUAAACUAAAACACUAAAAGACCGCAUGUGUGACCUCUGCUAGAAGGUAAGGGAAGGAAUAAACGGACUUUAUGAAGCAAAGUAAGCGAUAAUCAAUGGAUACGCAGGUUUGAGCACCAGGUACCAGGCAGCCGCCUUCCACCAUCUGUCCAUUCUGCCACCUGUUUUGCCUGUGAUGCCGCCAGAGACAUGGAUUUCCUGACGCUGUUUGCCAUCUACGUGGUGGUGGUGCUGACAUGUAUAGCCCUUGUCUGCAAAUACUCGGGCCAGCAGGAAACUCCGUUUCACACAGUGUUCAGUUAUGUAGCAAAAGUGUUUAGCUCCUUCACACCAAUGUGGAUCCAACGCUUUUUAACGCGGAUGUUGCACAGGCUGUUUCAUCAAAGAAGCAACGUGUUCAUCUAUCUGCACAUCCUACUGGAGAGCGCUGUGUAUUUGGAGUUCUCCUAUGAGGUGUUUGGCUUCUGCAGGGAGAUGGACACCACCCUCACCAGCCUGUCUGUGCCUUACGUCCUGCUGGUCAUCAAGACCUACCUCUUCUACCUCUGUAUCAAACGAGAUCCAGGCACAGUGACAAUGAAAAAAGUUUCUGGCCAGCUCCUUAUGUAUCCAUAUGAUGAGAAGCUGUUUCACCCAGGAGUCUCAUGUCCUUCCUGCCAGCUUGUCAAACCAGCUCGCUCCAAACACUGCAGGCUUUGCAACAGAUGCGUCCUGCGUUUUGACCACCACUGUAUCUGGGUGAACAACUGCAUCGGCGCUCGGAACACGCGCUACUUCCUGCUGUACCUCUUCAGCGUGUGUGCCAUGGCAGCAGCCAUCUCCUUGCUAACAGGGGACAUGCUGCUUCACACUGUGCUACGCUCGGGGCUUCUCAGGGCCAGUUACAUAGAUGAGCACGGCCAGCAGCAGUCAGCGGGGCCCCUGUUUGUGGCACAGCAUCUGUUCCUGACCUUCCCCAGAAUUGUCUUCAUGUUGGGCUUCGUGGUCUUCGUCUUCUUCCUCCUUGCGGGUUACGCUUUGUUCCAUUUCUACCUGGCACUUGUCAACCAGACGUCCAACGAGUGGUACAAAAGUAGGGGUCACGUUUGUCAGCACUGUCACCCAGACCAUCAUCAUCAUCAUCAUCAUCGCCCAGUGCCAGACCACUCCACGAGGUCUUUCUACAGCCGAGGGCUCCUCCGAAACCUGGGGGAGAUUUUCUUUCCUCCGCAACCUGUUAAGAAAAAACACAACUAAAGACACUAUAGCCUUCUCUGUUUUAAUGCUGCAUUUACUGUAUGUGGCCUUAGAGUUUGUGUCUCCCUAAAGCUGACUGGAGAAAUAAAGUUUACUAAUUUUUA